UGGUUUGUUUUCGGGCUCUGUACGGUUCAGCAGAAAUAUUCGACUUUAUCCUUUUUGACCGCUCUCGCGUUCCGUCGCAACCACCGUCUCUAGCUCAAAGUGCACAUAACUCAAACUCAAAAGUGAUGUUUACUGCGCUGAAAUAAGACUUUUAUCAGCUGCUCGUCUCCUCAUGGCGGAGGUCUUUUAUGUUGGAGUGGACGUGGGCACUGCCAGUGUGAGGGCUGCACUGGUGACCAGGGCGGGCCUCCUGCACAGUACUGCAGAGGAACCUAUCAGCAUCUGGGAGCCCCAGACCGACCACUACGUCCAGUCCUCUGCUGAGAUCUGGAAGAAAUGCUGCACAGUUGUCAAGAGAGUGACCCAAAGUGUGGAGAGGAGUCAGGUACGAGGGAUCGGCUUUGAUGCCACUUGCUCUUUAGUGGUUUUGGACCAAAGCUUCCAGCCUGUGCCAGUUGAUCAGGAUGGUGACAGACAAAGGAACGUGGUGAUGUGGAUGGACCAUCGUGCUGAAGUGCAGGCCGCUCGUAUAACAGACACCGGCCACCAGGUCCUGAGCAGGGUGGGAGGGGUCAUGUCACCAGAGAUGCAACCCCCUAAGCUGCUCUGGCUCAAAGAGAAUCUAAAAGAAAGCUGCUGGAACAAAGCUGCUCAUUUCUUUGACCUCCCAGACUUCCUGUCUUGGAAGGCAACGGGCUCUUUGACUCGGUCUUUAUGUACUUUGGUGUGUAAAUGGACAUAUUGUCCUCCAGAAGGAUGGGAUGCUAGUUUUUGGACUAGCAUUGGACUGGAGGAUCUCCUGGAGAACAACUUUUCCAAAAUAGGCAGUGUGACGUGUCCUCCAGGGAGCCCGCUAGGAGAUGGCCUCACCCAGGAGGCAGCAGCAGAUUUGGGUUUGGACCCAGGAACUGCAGUUGGUGCUUCUCUCAUUGAUGCUCAUGCUGGAGGCCUUGGUGUGCUAGGUGCAGAUGUGAAAGGCUUUCACUUGCCCUGUGAGGAUCAGCCAAUCAGCUCACGCAUGGCGAUGAUCUGCGGGACAUCAACCUGUCACAUGGCAAUCAGCGAGCAGCCUCUGUUUGUGCCUGGAGUGUGGGGGCCCUGCCUGUCUGCCAUGGUGCCUGGCAUGUGGCUCAACGAGGGAGGACAGAGCGCGACAGGAAGGCUGGUCGACCACGUGGUGAAGGGCCACGCCGCCUACACCCAGCUCCAGGAACAGGCACGGCAGAGACUUCCCUUCACUGGGGAGAACGUCUACAACUACCUGAACAGCCAUCUGACUUCAAUGGCAGACCGUUGUGCUGUGGACCUGCUGGGCUCCAGUCUGCACGUGUGGCCCGACUUCCAUGGGAACAGGUCACCUCUGGCUGACCCUAGCUUGAAGGGCAUGGUGGUCGGACUACCACUGUCCCAAACUUUGGAUGACUUGGCCUUGCUCUAUUUGGCCACUGUACAAGCCCUCGCUCUUGGGACACUUCAUAUUCUGGAAGCCAUGAGAGAAGCAGGACAUGACAUCACAACUCUCUUCCUGUGCGGCGGAUUGAGCAAAAAUACCCUGUUUGUGCAGAUUCACGCCAACGCUACGGGAUUACCUGUGGUGCUGCCUGCCCAGAUCGAGGCUGUGUUAAUAGGAGCAGCCAUCUUGGGUGCAUGUGCAUCACAGGACUACAGCAGUAUACAGGAGGCAAUGGAGAAAAUGGCUAAAGUGGGGAAAGUUGUUCAGCCUGACCAUGAACUCGGGAGCUUCUAUGAGAGAAAGUACAAGGUGUUCCUGCGACUGUUUGCCCACCAGAGGGAGUACCAGGCACUCAUGAACCAGAGAUGACAGUGUCAGCGGCAGGCGGCCGUGCUGGGACUGACUUUCUCUGACGAGCAGUGAUGACGAAUCCAUACACUGGAAACAAGAACACAAGUCUGAACCUUGCUGCUUUUCCUGAUUAUUAAAGGUCCAGUUUUUAUAUUUUCUCAAUAACCUGAGGGAAAACGGCUCUCUGGGGGUUAAAUAUCUGUCAGGGGGUUUGCUGUUUCUAAACAUUUGACUGCUGGAAGAGUUUAGAAUCCAAACAUGCUGGAUUUCAAAGCACCUGUCAGAUGACAACAGAGAAGAUCUCUGUGCAGAUGAGCUGUUGCAGCGUACCAUGGCUGCCUGUCCUGUAGAGCCGCUGGUGCAGAUGUGUCCAAAAUGAGUGUAGAGGAGUGAAUGUGGGGACAUGGACAGAUUCCACAGUGACUCAUUUGCUAGAGACCCCUCAGCUCCAACUACUGUCAAAUACCCUCAAGUAAUGUUGCCUUCAAAUGCAGUCCCAAUAAAUAAUUACAAUAAUGGAA